UGAGGACAGGAUCUCUUUCCCAUCCAGUCUCUGUGUUUGUUGUAAUAUACCAUGAAAAUGAUUCAGAAGCUACUGAACUUAGUGAUUCCCCCAAUCACUGUAGCUUUUGUUUUCCUCAUUUUACCUUUUCUCUUCGUUUUCAAGUUCAUCAAUUUUAUUCUCAGGCACCUCUUCCCUGAGAAAAUGAAGGGGAAAGUUGUUCUCAUCACUGGUGCAUCUUCGGGUAUUGGCGAGCAUCUGGCAUAUGAAUAUGCAAAGAAUGGAGCAUAUCUAGUCCUUGUUGCAAGAAGAGAGGAGAGCCUUAGGAAAGUUGCAGAGAAGGCCAGUCAUCUUGGUUCCCCUGAUGUGUUAGUUGUUGCUGCAGAUGUGUCACUAGUUGAUCAAUGCAAGCGAUUCAUUGAUGAAGCUGUAAACCAUUUUGGCCGAUUGGAUCAUCUGGUAUGCAACGCUGGGAUUGGUAGCUAUUGUGCAUUGGAAGAUAUACCUGAUGUUACAAAUUUUUUACCUGUGAUGGAUGUAAACUUCUGGGGAUCAGUCUAUCCCACUUAUUUUGCAAUUCCUCACCUCAAAAAGUGCAAAGGCAAGAUCAUUGUGAAUGCAUCAGUAGCUGGGUGGGUAGUUGCACCUAGAGGAAAUGUAUAUGGAGCAAGCAAAGCUGCGUUAAUACACUUCUACGACAAUCUGAGAAUCGAAGUGGCACCGGAGAUUUCGAUAGUAGUAGUUAGUCCUGGUUUUGUAGAAUCAGAGAUUACCCAAGGCAAACAGCUAACCAAGAAAGGGGAAGUUGAUGUUGAUGAAGGAAUAAAAAAGAUGCUAGGAAGGAUUCCAACUGAGAGUGCAGUGGACUGUCAUUCAAUAUGUUCAGGGCUCUAA